AUGCACACGUCGAGAUCCAGAGGAACACAUUCUUUUGAAGGAUGUAAGACGUGCAGGAAACGUCACCUGAAAUAUGACCAGACCACACCCAGGUGCAGAAGAUGUUGCAUCUCAGGCUUGGAAUGCGAUUUCAAAGCGGCUCUUCGCUGGGUUGUAGUGGCUGGCCCGGACGACUCUAGCACGUUCUUUCCUCCUGCAAAUGACGCCGCACAGUAUUCUAGGCGUCACUUGUACUCUGAAGAAUUGAGAGAAGUGAUGAGCACUUCUCUCAUUGUGAAUCUGCCCUCGACUAUCAACGAAGCUCUUUUCAGGAUUGAGGACAUGACUAAAUCAACGGAGAUCAACAAUGACAUGAAUCUCAAUAUCGGGCCAUUCGGUGUUUUCAAUGGAACAUAUGCGGUUGAAGACAGGAAGCCAAAGGCAGAACAAGACAACAAUGACGCCACGACCGAUAUCUCGGGAUAUUCCGGACCUAAUGAGAACGACUUCACGAUGUUUAACGCCCUCGAUGAGCUGUUCUCGGACUCUCUAGAUUUCCUUCAAUGGGGGGACUUGUUCACCUGGGAUAUCGGAGUGAACAAUUCUCCCCAGCCAAGCCAUUCCAUGGACUGUGUUCCAACUACCAAUCAACCAGUAUACGAUACGCUAGACGGAUGGACGCUCUCCAAAGAAGAUCUAGUCGUGGAUGCUCCGCUUCUACUGAGGCACUUCUAUGACGAAGUAAUUAAUCAAAUGGGCUCACUGCCGAUUAACGAGAAGUCCGCUUGGAGAAUCUUGAACUUUCCUUCUGCUAUCGUAACACUCAGCCAGCUUACUAUCCUUGGACUUUCCAGUAAUGAUAUCCGACACGCCAACCUAUCAAACCUCUAUGCCAUCAUUGCGGUAUCCGCAUUUCAUCUAUCGCUCAAUUCAGAGAACUUUCCGGAGCUAGCUAAGCCAGGGAGUUACUGGAUGUCUCUUUCUAAGAGGACAUAUGAAUGUGCCAAGUCCCAAUUAAUGCUCAGCUUCGAGAAAGAGUCUGCUACUCCAACAAAGGCCAAAUACAAGGAACAACUGAUGGCCGCCGCAGCCAUUCUUGCAACCGCUCUACUGUCUGGUAACGAACAAGACACAUGCCGCUAUCUCCUAGAAAUGGAGAGGCUUAUUCGUGUUCGCGGAUUGCGAAAGUCAAAGUUAUCACGUCGAGCCCGACUGUUGCAUAAUGUUUACGCCUGGAUGAGGAUAGUCUCGGAAAGCACUAAGACAUUCCAUGACGAAGCACCAAGACUCGACUCAACGAGCAUUAAUGGUAUCUGGGUUACUUCUCAUGACCAGGCUCAGCUCGGAACAGCAUCAUCUAGACCAGUCAUCCCCAGCUCGGAGUUGCUGGGAAAAGGCUACCCAGAAAUUACUCUUGAUAACUUUCUUCACUUGGAACCUUUCCAACUUCAUCCUGACCACACUUCCGGUGGGCCCAUCAACGAUGAUGUGCCCCUUACUAACAAAGACAUACAUCUGGCGAGUUCGAUACAGGACCAAGAAGACAUGUAUAUGCAGAUCUACGGCGUGCCCGAAACUUGGCUGAGGCUUGUAUCUCAGAUUACGCGACUGGCCAACGUCAUGGAUCAUCUAGCGCCAAAGGAAAGCCAGCCUGACGCCAUCAAAAUGGCAGCACUGCAGCCAAAGGCAUCUUAUCUCGAGGAAGCUGUCUGUGCUUUUAGAGCAAGAUACAACGGUCAGCAUGAACAGGAUCUGGAUGACGAGAAGCCCCAUGUGCACGUGGUGCGGGCGUUAAGCCUGGCCCUGAUGAUAUUUUUUUAUCGGAGGAUUCGAAAGAUUAAUCCCAUGCUGCUCCAGGAAAGCGUCAAUGAAGUGAUGGAAGCCUUGCAAGGGUUCGAUGACGCGCUGAGCCGGAACAAGUUGCUAGGGCCAGGCACAGCCUGGCCAGCUUUCAUUGCAGGCGCAGAAGCGACGAAACCAGAGAAACGGGAGCAAUUCAGUUCUCGGCUGUUGAGAGCCCAUGCUAAGUCUGGAUGGAAAGGUUACUGCGUGUCGAGGGAAGUUUUGCGGGAGGUUUGGAGAAAUCAGGAUGCUGAUGAUAACACGUCAAGACGCUCAACGUGGGUAGAUGUUUGCAGGAGGAACCGUCGCUGGCCACUACUAUGUUGA